GAGACUAGCAACUUUCCUAUGCAGAUGUUGGUUACUACUGAUGGGUGUGAGUAAGUUAGAUGUUCUAUACCGGAGACUUCUCCUUACAAAACUUUUUAUCAGAGGAUGGGGAAGGCCAGAGGAUCUUAAAAGACUCUUUGAAUUCAGAAAGAUAAUUGGAAAUCGAGAAAGAUGUCAGAAUCUGGUUUCAAGUGAUUAUCCAGUAUACAUCGAUAAGAUUGAAGAGCAGUCAGACUGUAAAAUCCUAGAUGGACACUUUGUUUCUCCUAUGGCACAUUAUGUACCUGAUAUCAUGCCAGUUGAAUCUAUUAUUGCAAGGUUCCAAUUUAUUGUGCCUAAAGAAUGGAAUAGCAAAUAUAGACCCGUAUGCAUUCAUCUUGCUGGAACAGGAGAUCAUCAUUACUGGAGACGACGAACACUGAUGGCUCGUCCUAUGAUUAAAGAAGCCGGAAUGGCUUCUUUGUUGUUAGAAAACCCUUAUUAUGGCUGCAGGAAACCCAAGGACCAAAUAAGGUCCAGCUUAAAAAACGUGUCUGACCUAUUUGUGAUGGGAGGAGCUCUUGUUUUGGAAUCUGCAGCUCUCUUGCACUGGCUAGAGAGGGAAGGUUAUGGACCUCUAGGAAUGACCGGAAUAUCCAUGGGAGGACAUAUGGCUUCCUUAGCGGUAUCCAACUGGCCUAAGCCCAUGCCAUUGAUUCCAUGUCUGUCUUGGUCUACAGCAUCUGGGGUCUUCACUACGGGUGUGCUGAGUAAAUCAAUUAAUUGGAGGGAGUUGGAAAAGCAGUAUUAUGCACAGACCGUUUAUGAGGAAGAAAUUAUUCACAUGCUUGAAUAUUGUGGAACAGAUUCUUUCAAAGUGGGACAAGAGUUCGUGAAAUGCUUCCCUAGCAGUGCAGACAAGCUCACUAACCUUAAUCUGGUUUCUAGAACUUUAAAUUUAGAUAUGACAGACCAGGUUGUGUCCUCGAAACAUAAUGAAUGUCAUAAAUCUAGUAAAACAUCUUUCAGUGCCACAUCAGAAGGACUCUUGUUGAAAGAUACUUCUAAGAUGGAGUGCUUCAAUCAAACAAUUUCAACCAACAAAAGUAGUUAUACAAGUUCCAAUCCUCAGUCAUACCACCUACUCAGUAAAGAACAAAGAAGAAAGAAUCUUCAGAAAGAAUCUUUGCUGUUUAUGAAAGGAGUCAUGGAUGAAUGUACUCAUGUAGCAAAUUUCUCAGUUCCAGUAGACCCAAGCCUCAUUAUAGUGGUUCAAGCCAAAGAAGAUGCAUAUAUUCCACGAACUGGAGUUCGAAGUCUGCAAGAAAUUUGGCCUGGUUGUGAAAUCCGAUAUCUAGAAGGGGGUCAUAUUAGUGCUUAUCUGUUCAAACAAGGAGUCUUCAGACGAGCCAUCUAUGAUGCAUUUGAACGCUUUCUGCACAAAUAUGCUAACUGAUUGGAUCACUGUAUGUAACCAGUAUGGCCAUCAUGUUUCUCACAAAAGGAGUUUCAUCCUUUGAUGAUGUGAAAUCAGUAAGACAGCACUAUACACUGAGUGGCCAUAUUAUUAUGACCACCUGACAUUUGUAGGCAAAUUAGCUAUAAUUU